UAUUUUUUUUAAUUUGCGAAAUCCUGGCUCCAGUAUUGAAUAAUCCUGGAUCCGCUUUUGCUGACCGUUCCUCCUCCUUGUCGCGGUGUCCGCCCUGGUUUAUUAACAGCAGCAAGUCCACGGUGCAAAGUCGAAGCGAAGGGCAGGCAGCAGAGUCCAAAAGAUGGUGGUGCUAUCGAAAGAAUAUGGGUGCGUGGUGCUGACUGGCGCGGCCAGCUUUGCCAUGGUCUCCUUCCUGGCUUACAAAGUGGCGGCAGCUCGGAAGAAGUACAAUGUGGAGUACCCCGUGAUGUACAGCGACGAUCCUGAGAACGGCUGCGUGUUCAACUGCAUUCAGCGGGCCCACCAAAACACACUGGAAGUUUAUUCCCCAUUCCUCUUCUUUCUGGCAACUGGUGGAAUCCGACACCCGGAACUAGCAAGUGCACUCGGAGGGAUCUGGAUAAUCGGCAGAGUUGUUUAUGCAUACGGCUAUUACACUGGUGAUCCCAAGAAGAGGAUUCGAGGGGGAUUUGGCUCGCUGGCAUUGCUGGGGCUGAUGGGAACCUCCAUGUCGUUCGGCUUUCACCAGCUGGGGUGGUGCCCAAAGUAGUCAGGGCUGGGCUUGUGAUGAAUUUUAACCCUGGAAUAAACUUGACAAAGAUGAAUACUUGAUCAGCUGAACAUGUUCCAACAGGAUAACCCACUAAUAGCAAAACUUUUUGCUUCUGACAUUUUUGCAUUAAAACUUUUAUAAAACGA